AUGAAGCUCCGUAGAGCGGAAAGCCAACUCCGUGCGAUCAAGAGAGCUCUUCCACCCCUUCCAACGGCUGACGAGCUCUACGAGAAGAUUGUGAACUAUUGUCUUGAAUUCUAUGAUUGCACUCGAGAAGUCUCACCAUUAGAGCAAUCUUUUAACAAUCUUCGUAUCUCUCAUGAGCCUCUAGAUUCUCGAAUUCAUACGGCACAACAUCUUGAAUCCCGGGCUCACCUUCUGCAGUUGCGUCUCGUCUUCGUAAGAACACAACUACGUACCCUCUUCACCCUUCCCCCUGUCAUGGUGGCGAUGGAUCAGAUGAAGGAGGAAGAAUGGGAUACUCUCAUAAACCGGCGUCAUAAGACCAUUCAUAACGAGUCUUUCGUCGUAAGGUUGGACGUGAUUGCGACUGCAGCAGCCGAUCAGCUUCAGGCAAUCAGCAGCCUUCUGUCAGCAUUGAGCUCCGUGCGCAGUGCCUACCAAGAUGAGAAGAAGGAAGAGGACAAGACGUUCAGAGAGGAGAUCCUCUCUACAAUGAGACACAAUCACCAGAUUCUCGUGGAACAUCUGGAGGAGAUCCAGAGAACAUUUCCCCGAUACGGGGGACAGCUACUCCCAUCUUCGGAACAGUCUGAAGCGGACGCCAGACAAAGAGAGAGCAGCAUCAUAGAGGAGAACGCGGAGUUUGCGGAAGAAGAAUCUGGUGAGGAGGAUUGUGAGGACUGCGAAGACUGUAGAGCUGAGGAGAAAAGAGUCAGAGAGAUCGAGCAGCUGGGAGAAAAGAUACAGGAUGCUGUCGCGAAAAGGAUCGAGUUGGAAGCUGAGAUGAAGCGGCUGGAUAACAUACCGACUUGCCCAUCAAGAUCUUAUCAAUGA